UUUCUGUUACUGUCCGACAUUGGACAGACAAACGACACUACUUGCGUAUUGGAAAACACUGAACACACCGAGCGCCCGGGAAGGAGGAAACUUUUCAGUUCUCCACUAUGGCGUCCGCCGGCGGCAAGCCGACUAUCCUCCUCCUUCGCCGGUUGGACUCGUCCUUCGCCACCGCGCUGCGCGAGCGCUUCCAUGUCCUCGACUUCCACGCGUCCGGAGAACCCCUCGCGGCUUUCCUCGCCGCGGCCGCGGCCGCGCCGGAGCCCCCGCGCGCCGCAAUCGUCGUGGGCGGCGGCUCUAUACGCGCCGACGCCUCCUUCCUCGACACCGUCCCCUCCCUGCGCUGCAUCUUCAGCACGGGUGCCGGCGUCGACCACAUCGACCUCGCCGAGUGCGCGCGCCGCGGCGUCUCCGUCGCCAACUCCGGGGAGGUCUACUCCACCGACGUCGCCGACCACGCCGUAGGCUUGCUCAUCGACGUGCUCCGCCGCGUGUCGGCGGCGGAGCGGUACGUCCGGAGUGGUUCCUGGCCGGUGCAGGGUGACUAUCCUCUCGGAUCCAAGCUUGGCGGCAAGCGUGUUGGCAUCAUUGGCUUGGGGAACAUCGGCUCACGGAUUGCAAAGAGGCUUGAAGCUUUCGGCUGCGUCAUCUACUACAAUUCGAGAAGACCCAAGGAUUCAGUAGUCUCUUAUAAAUACUUCCCAAAUGUCCAUGAUCUUGCUGCCAAAUCCGACGUGCUCAUCGUCGCCUGUGCGCUGAACAAGUGGACUCGACACAUCGUGAACAAGGAUGUGUUGGAGGCCCUCGGAAAAGACGGUGUGAUCAUCAACAUCGGCAGAGGAGCAAACGUUGACGAGGCAGAACUGGUGGUGGCGCUCAAGGAUGGAAAGAUCGCAGGCGCGGGCCUUGAUGUCUUCGAGAACGAACCCAGGGUGCCGGGAGAGCUGUUCUCCAUGGAUAAUGUGGUUCUGACAAAUCAUGUGGCGGUUUUUACGGCGCAGUCCAGGUCGGACCUUUGCGCUCACACCAUCAGCAACCUUGAAGCCUUCUUCUCCGGUCAGCCACUGCUCACUCCAGUGCAUGAUGAUUCCAUAGUGGAUUGAAUUCCAGUCAGGUCAUUCAGAUAUACCGGAGCUAGAAUGAUAGCCAGUGUUAUUAGUUCAUCGACAUCUUCUUAGUCUAUCUGGUUUGCAAACAGAAUAACAUCAAGGGAUCGAAUACCUGUAUACACAUUCUUUCCCCUUCCAGCUACUAAGUAUUGGUUAUUUCUAUGUUCAAGUUAUAUCAGUUGUGAGAUAUCAGGUAAAGUGUCAACCACAUCUGUCGAUAUGUGUGAAAAUAUAUUAAACAUCUCCAAGAGGUUUCCUAUCUCAUUCCUCAUUUCUAUCUU